GCGACUUACUUAUAUAGAGUCUCUGUUUUCCUCUAAGUUACUAGUUCGUCCCUCUGCUCAACUCCCCUUUACCUCUAAGUUACUAGCCCGAUCCGCCAGCCAGAGACAGACGCGCACACACACGCACACAUGGAUUCGAGCGCCUCUGGUUGACCUACCAAUUGUAGGGGCCUAGCCCGCAGGCGAAGUGCUCAGUCUCGGCCCUCAGACAGUGGCAGCAGCGAGCAAGGCGCAGGCAUGGCCCCCAUCAGAGCGAAGAAAACGGGCCGCCGAUUGGGGAGGCACAUGUGGCCGGAGGAGUAUAUUUACUGCUGCUGCUGCCCGCCUGAAUCGCAGCCUCAGUUUUUCUCUCCUCCCCAGCAUCACUCUCUACAAGCUUCCAGCCAGCACUCUACUUCUUUUGCCGCCCUAAUAGACGGAAUUUGAGUCCUUACGCAUCUAUAUUUACUUCGACUGCAACCCAAUCGCCCAACAUGAACACCAGCACCGUCAAGAGCCGCUUCCUCACGCACCCGGAGGAUCUCGGCAUUGUCACCGUCGGCUUCUCUGGUGGCCAGCCCAAAGCUGGUGUAGAUGCUGGCCCUACCGCCCUCAUCGAGUCUGGACUCUUGACCCAGAUCCGAGAGGAGCUUGGCUACAAGCUGCACGGCGAUGAGACGGUCAAGUUCUACAAUGACCUCACACCCGCCUCCGACCCUGACUACCGCGGCAUGAAGAACCCUCGCCUUGUUUCAGCUGUCAACCGAAAGAUUGCGUCUGAGACAUAUGAGCACUCUUCCAAGGGCCGCCUCACGCUGACCCUCGGCGGUGACCACAGCAUUGCCAUUGGCACCAUUGCUGGUACCGCCAAGGCCACGCGCGAGCGUCUGAACCGCGAAAUCGCUGUCAUCUGGGUUGAUGCGCACGCCGAUAUUAACACCCCCGAGACCAGCGACAGCGGCAACAUCCACGGCAUGCCUGUUGCUUUCCUCACUGGCAUUGCCAAGGAGGACAAGGAGGAGUGCUUUGGCUGGAUUCAGGAUGAUAUGCGCCUGAGCGUGAAGAAGCUUGUCUACAUUGGCCUGCGCGACGUGGAUGCUGGCGAGAAGCGCAUUCUGAGAGAGAAUGGCAUCAAGGCCUUUAGCAUGUUUGACAUUGACCGACAUGGAAUUGGUCGCGUCAUGGAGAUGGCCCUUGCCCACAUCGGCAACGACACCCCCAUCCACCUGUCUUUCGACGUGGAUGCCCUCGACCCCAUGUGGGCUCCCAGCACUGGCACUCCCGUCCGAGGUGGCCUUACCCUGCGCGAGGGCGACUACAUCUGCGAGUCCGUCCACGCGACUGGCAACCUGAUUGCCAUUGACUUGGUGGAGGUGAACCCCAGCCUUGCUGCUACCGAAGCCGGAGCGCAGGAGACAGUGAGAGCGGGCUGCUCUCUUGUGCGCUGCGCACUUGGCGAGACUCUGCUGUAAGCGAAAUACGUGGUUAGGGAGCCUUUUUUUUUUUUUUUUUUUUUU